ACCAUUUUAUUCCUCUCUCGCCGCGGAAUUGUUUUUUUUAAAGAAGGUCCCACAGUUUAUUUUCCAAGGGACAACAUCUGGAUCACCUCUUGCGGCAUCGCUCUCCAUUCUCCCGCAAGAUGUCGACAGAAAAACAAGCCUUACAGGAUGGAGGGCAUCAAGCACCCAUGUCACCUCCGCCUUACCCAGUGCAAGAGGCUUCGGUGAAUGGCACGUCACAGGGCUACUCGAUGCCAAUGCACCCUGCCGCGAUGGCAGUCGGCACUGAGGGCUUCAUCCAGGAGACUCAGUUCAGCAGCAGUGUGCCCCAGGGAUACAGCAUGCCCGUAAACCACCCUGCUGGGCCAAUGGGGUUGGCGGGCUAUGCGCCCCAAGGCUACGCUGUGCAGUACCAGCCCUGCGCUGGGGCCUAUGUGCCAGUCUAUCCAAUGGCAAACAAUGUGGGGCCAUAUCUCCCUGGAAACAAUGGGCUGACAUCGGGUGCUCAGCAGGUGCCCCCUUCUGUCGGGAUGAUGAACCCACCACGGCCUCCUCAUGACUACCUUCCCAUUGCAGUGCUGACCACCGUCUGCUGUUUCUGGCCAACCGGGAUAUUUGCCAUAUUCAAGGCAGUACAGGUGCGGACCGCCAUCGCGCGGGGGGACAUGGUGUCGGCGGAGAUCGCUUCCCGCGAGGCGCGGAACUUCUCCUUCAUCAGCCUGGCGGUGGGCAUCGCCUCCAUGGUUCUGUGCGCCAUCCUGACCGUGGUGGUGGUCAUCGCAGCUCAGCACCACGACGAGGAGUGGGACCCCUAGCGCGGCGUCCCGCCGCCCAGCAACUUUCCCGCACCCCGCACCCGGGCGCCGCUGCGCAGGAAUUCCGUGACAAAACUUCACCGCAACACUCUCCCUCCCCACCCUCCCUCACUCCCUUCCACUGGUUCCAGACCCCACCCCACUCCUGGUCUGUAUGUAACCAACCAUCCGCGCGACAUCGGCCUCAUCCUCAUCGGCCUUGCCAAAAAUAUUAGCCAUCUAUUUAACUCGGCUGGCUAUGGCGACGGGAUGGAAAACCUUUUACCCCUCUGUUCAACUGAUUACACAUGUUUAGUUUCAAUGCAGACAGAUACU